AUGGCCUCCCCGCCGCCGCCCGCCACCACCUACGCGCCGCCCGAAGUGCCCGCGGGGGUCGCGCUGUUCCUCACCAUCCCCUUCGCCUUCUUCCUGCCGGAGCUGGUAUUUGGGUGCUGGGUCUGGAUCCUGGUAGCCGCCACCCACGUCGGGCAACCUCUGCUGCAAGGAUGGGUGAUAUACGUCUCACUCACCUCCUUCCUCAUCUCGCUGGUGUUCCUGCUGUCUUACUUGUUUGGGUUUUACAAAAAAUUUAGCUCCUGGAGAGUCCUGGACAGCCUGUACCACGGGACCACUGGCAUCCUAUACAUGAGCGCCGCUGUCUUACAAGCACACGCCACCAUCGUGUCUGAGUUCAACUUCACCACCCAGUACUACAUCAAUGCCUCCGCUUCGUUCUUUGCCUUUAUCACCACCCUGCUCUACAUCCUCCAUGCCUUCAGCAUCUACUAUCACUGAUGAGCCAGGGAGCCAGGCCAGACGGGGACGCCGUGCUCUUAGAAACCUGGAAGAUUGAGACCCGAAAGUCACUGCCAAUCUUUCCCAUCUGGAUGUAAUCAGAAGACCAACUGUGACGUCCGUGGGAUCAGUAGGCCGUGUUUCCGACUGCGUGAUCAAACUAUACCUUGGCAAAAUUUGUUCGGAUAUUUUCAUUCAUUCUGUUGAACAAGAAGGGGUUAUGAUUUUCUCUUUGCCUGGGAGAGUAACUGCCUCGUGAAACGCUCUCACCGUGAACCUAACUCUAGAAAGCUAAACUCCCAAGACCUCACCGUUGAGAAUCCACUCAGCUCCUUCGCUGUCCCACCUGUUUGGGGAUGAUGUGUCAGCAACGGGGUUCCCUAAGUGUAGGGGAACAUUAAGUCACCACUGUCCUCCGGUUCACAGCCCGUGUUCCUGCUCCAGAGUUGGGUAUUCCGAUGUAGAGUAGUGGUUCAACUGGCUUUCCCGACACCCCCACAAGACCACCAGGGAAGCUCCAGGGACAGGCCGCACUGCCCACUGCUAUUCAUUUCCCCUUCCCUUUCCCGCCAGCCUCGGGACUCAGGGACUAUCUGCUUACAAUCAGCUUUGGGGGUAGUCUUGUGGUGAAGAUAAAAGAUCGACUAUACAAAUUGCUUAGCAAGUAGGGUCUGGGGAGUCCCAGGCUCAUGUAACCAGUUAUUGGAAGUUCCAGUCCACCCAGAACUGCCUAGUGAUCCCCUGAAAAAAACAAACAGCUAUUGAAAACCCCAAGGAGCACAGUUAACUACUGCACUGUGAGUUCUUUGAAAGAGAGAACUGGUUGGUAAGGCCAGGGCCAGGGGGAGCGACGAGAGAGGAAAAGUGGGAGUCUUCCUAAGUCAAGCUGCUCAGAAAACUGCCCAGCUCCAAUACCCCUGAGCUCGAAGACCCAGCCCCAAGGAAACCUCCUUGUCCUUCAGUAAAGACCCUCGGUGAUGGCUACGGGGACAUUAGGCCCAAGGAUUCUGGUGGCACAACCACGCAGGGGGCAACAUCCAUGGGACUCAUCUCAGCAGGAAGGGACACGAUGGCUGUGCCAUAAGAACGGUGCUCUUCUCUGCGACCCGAGCUCUCCUUGCCCCCAACAGCUUGGCUGUCGCCACGGUGCUUGAUGUCAAACGAAUUGCCCCCACCCCCACCCCCACCGCCCAAAGGAAGCUAUGCUUUUCAGAGUUCCAGCCAGGAUCGCACGUCAGCUGGCCCUCCACCACAGAGCGACUUGCAACUUGCGUUUCUUGUGGCCUCUCCGCUCCAUCUCCCGACCCAGGUGGAGCAGGCACAGCUCUGGGGUGCCUAUAUCUGCUGUCAUUUUGAAACGAAAUCCAUUAUGAGAAAGGGACUCAACUUGAACGACUCUAGGGCUUACAGCCCUGUAAGGGCUGACUGCUCCUGGGGCAAGGGGAGGGGCCCGCGUGUCAUCCAAGAGAAAACGCUGCCUUCACGGCUGUUUACUGCUUGCUUUCUAAUCACCCUGAUGUCUUGAAAACCCACCAGUCACCUAUCAUUCUCCUGCCCGGCAGCUGUUGGAUGGUGACCGCUCAAUAGUUACUGAGCUGUCCAUCCAAAUAAACAUUAUUUGUACAGUA